AUUGACAGAAGAGGAAGGUUUCUUCUUUGGUAGCUCAAUGCAGUUUCCAACACCUUGGAGAUUCAGCCCAAGGUUGGCUCUCUUUCUCAUGGUUAUUGGUUUCAUCUAUUUAUUUUGGACUUAUGGUCUUUGACUUUUAUCUUUUCGGUAUCAUGUGUUUGUUUUUGGCUAGUUGGUUAACCUUAAAACAUGCAGCAUUUUGAUUUCGUUCACAGAUGCAAUCUCCGAUGAGAUGAGACAUCUUUAUCGACUGUUCGUAUUAUAUAACAGAUACCGGCACUUAAUGUGCGAACGUGUCUAUUGUUUUGGGACAAAUGAUCAAACACAAAAUCACAAUAACAAUGUAUAGCCUCGAUCAUUGAAUUUGACGUCAAAUACUAAAAUUUCUUGCUAUCUUUUAAUGCCUCCUGUCUUUAGUGUUGCCCUUCUCUUAGUUAAUUAGACGUCUAGAUUCCAGAAUGAGAAACUUUUUGUUCCAUAAACGUAGACAAGGCCUUUCUUUUUUAUAUUCAGCAGGUGCACCUUGGAAGCUCAGUUCUUGAAAAAGAUCAGUAAAUGCCGUUGAUUCUAUGAUCUUGAAUUCUAAGAUUAUGUAUGUUGCUCCACUAGGCUUAUCCCAUCUGGCUGGCAUUCUAUUUUUGUUUGUUUUCAUUUUUGUACUUUCUGUCAAGUAGGGGUCUGCAUGCUAAGAAAUUGCUGGCUGAUGUCAUAUGAAUAUAUGAGUGACAAUUCUCAUGAGUCAUGACCGAACAAUCAUGAUAAUUUGCCAAUGGCAAUCUCAUACAAUACAGAUUGCAUGGGAGAAAACGAAAAACAGAAUGGCAGCACAACUUGGAUUGCAUGCAGAAACUUAUUGUAACCUUUCUUCUUCUUGUAUGUCCAAAUUCAUUUUCUGUGCAGGAAACAAUUUGUGGGGUUUUCUCAGAACUGGAAGAAUGUUCAAAACACAGCUGCAGGAAUUGUGCCAGAAGAAGAGAUGGGCUUUGCCAUGGUACUCUGCAAUGAGAGACGGCCCAGAUCACAGCCCUCGCUUCAAGGCCUCUGCUUCCAUUGAUGGUCUCACCUUUCACUCUCCUCCUUCAUGCAACUCCUUCAAACAAGCUCAGAAUGAAGCUGCCCAAAUUGCCUUCCGCCACUUCACUUCACCACCUCCGAGCUCUGAAGUACCAAGCAAUGACCAUCAUGAUCCAGACGCUUUGAAUUCUGGAAGCUCUAAUGAGGCCCUUCAGGAGGGUGAAUAUGUACCUGGGUUUUACAAGAAUCUCUUGCAGGAGCUAGCUCAGAGAGAAAGGACCCUCCUGCCGGUUUACAAGACUAUGAAGACAGGCCCCCCACAUCUUCCAGCCUUCAUUUCCUCCGUGGAAGUGGGCGCAGAGAAAUUCCAAGGUGAAGAAGGGAAGUCCAAGAAGGAAGCUGAGAUGAAUGCUGCCAAGGUUGCCUACACCACUUUGAAACUCGCUUCCAAAAAAUGUCCUGCCCCUUGUUCUACUGAAACUGAAGGUUACAAAGAAGAAGUGAAAGAAGUAAUAAACUUGACAGCAGCUGAAGCAGCAAGGAGUUCUGAUGGAGUAGUCACAAGGAAGCCAGAAGCCUCCAAUUACUCCCACUCCCAGCUUGUGAAUCCAGCAGAAAAAAUCCCCUGCCCUUCUUCCAUUGCCAGCCAACAGAAGAAAGCAAGGAGUGAGUUGGUCCUAAACAAGGUCAGGGUCUACACCUCAUACCCAGAUAUCGAAUUCCCUCAAGGAGUCACAAUCAUGCCAUUUGGUGAUGACCGAUGGGUUGCUAUAAGGUUGGAGCUCCCUGAUCAACUAGCCUAAUGUCAGCGACAUAUAUUGUCGAUAGUUAUUUGAUAACUACCUUUCAUAUAUUUCACCAUUAUCUCCAUUUUCUGGUGUUGAAGUUAAGAGUGGGAAGCUACCAUUCUACUUCCAUGAACCAUUGAAUUGUAUUAGUAUAUUUACCUAGUAGCUAUUGGUGCCAAUUACCACUGUAUUAGACUAUAUGUGCAGAUGAAAGAGGGAGUUAUUAAGCCAGGCAUUUGAGUUUAGGAUUUGGGACAAAUGGCUGGUGCUACAACAAACUCAAAACUUAUGC